UGUUGCUGUAGUAUUUAAUAUUUUACUAUAUUCUAAUAUUACUGUAGCAAUUUGUUAUAAGUGAACAAUCUAUUAUGUUAUUAAAAUUGGUUUUGUUCAUCUUGAUCUUAUGCACCUAUGAUAUUUCUUGUGAAGAAAAUGCAGAACGAAACCAAAUGAACGAUGCAAAUGGGGACAAAAAUAAAGAUAAGAGUUGUGGCUGUGAUAAGCUUAGUAGGAAAAAGGAUGAUCAAGAUGCAGAAGUUGAUGAUGUUGUAAUAGAAACUGAAGGUGAACCUGAGAUCACACACCUUAAGGUCGGUAAAAAAUUCUCUGCCAAAAUGGUAUUAAUUCCAGCAGGCCCCUUCAAAAUGGGUACAGACAAUUCACCCGUACCACCUGCUGAUGGAGAAGGUCCAUUACGAACAGUCACGUUGGAUGACUAUUAUAUUGAUGAAACUGAGGUUAGCAAUGAACAAUUUGAGCAAUUUGUUGAUGAAACUGGGCUUAUCACAGAAGCCGAAAAGUUUGGGAAUUCAUUUGUACUUGAAAAUUUCAUCAGUGAAAAAACGAAAAAAGAUAUAAGUCAAGCCGUUGCCCAAGCUCCUUGGUGGCUACCUGUGGAUAAAGCAUCGUGGCGCUAUCCUGAAGGUUUGGAUAGUGACAUUAGGAAACGAAUGGAUCAUCCCGUUGUUCAUGUAUCAUGGAACGAUGCGACAGCUUAUUGCAAAUGGGCUGAAAAGAGGCUUCCAACGGAGGCAGAAUGGGAGAAGGCGGCAAGAGGGGGGCUGAAAGAUAGACUUUUUCCUUGGGGCAAUAAACCCAAUCCUAAAGACCAACACAGGAUGAAUAUUUGGCAAGGCGAAUUUCCUAAAACAAAUACUGAAGAAGAUGGAUAUUCAUCCACAGCACCUGUUUUAACAUAUGAGCCAAAUAAAUAUCAACUUUAUAAUAUGGUUGGAAAUGUAUGGGAAUGGGUGCAAGACUGGUGGACAAUUGAUCAUAGUGCAAACCCAGUUGAAAAUCCAAGUGGCCCGAAAACUGGUACUGAUAAAGUAAAGAAAGGAGGCUCGUACUUGUGCCAUAAAGAUUAUUGUUAUAGAUAUAGAUGUGCUGCACGAAGCCAAAAUACACCAGAUAGUUCAGCUUCAAAUUUAGGAUUUCGGUGUGCUGCUGACAAACUCCCUAAAUAUUUACAGCCAGAGGAAAUAUCUAAGCAUACUGAACUAUAAAUAUUUUCGAACAUUCAAAUAAAUUUUUUUUUCAUAAUUUAGUGCCAAGGUAUUGAUUUCUAUGACAUUGUGCAAUGUGCAAUAUCUAUGAGUUUGUUAAUUCAAUUUUAAAUAAGAAUAUCAGACGAAAGUAAACGUAGUAAUCCUAUUUGAUCUGCUGUUUGCUGGUUUACUAGCAUAAUUUGGUGAUAAUAUGUCUUGGGUUGUGUUGAGAGUGUAACCAUUUAAUUAAACACAUUAUUGUAUUCGGAUAAAAAUUAUAGUUUUUCAAUCAAUUCAUUAUAAUGAGGAAUGGAAUAUGCUAACAAUAACAGUGCACAAGAUCUAUCAUUGCAUCGCCAAUACACAAAUUUUUCUGAAUGCAAUUGAUGACAAAUUAUUCAGAUAUGUUUGAGAAGUCAAUAGUCAAACUGGAGAUGCAUUUUGCUUAAAAUUUUAUAGCACAACAUGACAAAAUCUAUGCAUAGAAGAAUACCAUGUUGCAGUUUUUUUGAAAUUUUCAUUCGAAAGCAUAAUUGAUUAUUCUUUUAAUUGAUAUUAAAUAUAUUGCA